AUGGAUGCUCAGGUCGAGAGCGCCAUCCAAAUUGCCUUUGAUCCCCGGGCCGACCAGAACCUCAAAGCUCAGGCCUAUGAGUUUCUGCAGCAACUGCGCGACGACGCUUCUGGCUGGCAAGUUUGCCUAGUCCUUUUCACUCGCGACCCUCCCCCGGACGAAGUCGUGCGCCAUGUCUGUCUGGAACUGGUCAGCCAUGCCGUUCAGGCAGGCCGUCUGGACGAACAAAGCCUCUCCUACAUCAAGGAUCAGCUCAUGACAUAUAUCCACCAAACUUUUGCGAACCAAGCGAACCGUGUCGACUCGCCCAGUAUCCAAAACAAGCUUACGCAAACCAUCACCUACCUUUUCACCUCCCUCUACGCUACCGCAUGGCCAACCUUCUUCCAAGAUUUCAGAUCGCUGGCUGGCGAUGCAAACACAAUUGGCUCCGACAACCCACAAGGGACUAUUCUUUACCUCCGCAUUGUCAACUCGAUCCACGACGAAAUCGCCGACGUCCUGAUCCCUCGCACCCCGGAAGAGCUGAAGCGUAAUGCUGAUCUCAAAGACUAUGUGCGCUCGCGCGAUGCCCAGAACAUCUCGACCUUCUGGCAACAAGUUCUUGCGAGGUGGAGACAGAUUGAUCUGAGUAUUGUCGAGUUGUGUCUCCGUUGUGUUGCACGUUGGGUAAGCUGGAUCGACAUCUCGCUCGUUGUCAACGAGAACAUGUUGAACUUCUUGCUCGAGAUUGCAGGACAACCGGACAUCUCAUCUGCUGAGAGCCCUCAAGCGAAGAUUCGCGAUGCCGCCAUCGACACCUUUACCGAGAUUGUGGCCAAGAAGAUGCCUAGUCAGGACAAGAUCCAGCUAAUCUCGUAUCUUAACCUGGCCAAUGUCGCCGGUCAGCUCGUGGCCAGCUCUGCUCUGAACCAGUCCAGAGGCACCUCAAACUACGACAACGACCUUGGCGAAACCGUGGCCAAGCUUGUCAACAAUGUCGUCUUCGAUGUUGUCAAGGUUCUCGACUCGGAAGGUCUAGACGCGAACACUGCCGCCCAGGCAGACGAGCUUCUCCAAUUGUUCGUUCCAUACCUUCUCCGCUUCUUCUCCGACGAGUACGACGAAAUCUGCUCCGCUGUCAUUCCUUCGCUCACCGAUCUGCUCACGCUCUUCCGUGUCUCGUCCAAGCGUGGAACCCUUCCCGACCAAUACCGUGCCAUGCUGCAACCUAUCCUCGACACCAUUAUCCUCAAGAUGAAGUACGAUGAGACGGCAGAUUGGGGUGCUGAGAGCGAUCAGACAGACGAGGCUGAGUUUCAAGAGUUGCGCAGGAGAUUGCACGUUCUCCAACAAGCUGUGGCUGCAGUCGAUGAAAUUAUGUACAUGGAUACUCUGAGCAGAGUCGUUGCUACGACCUUCAACAGAAUUUCGUCAGACAACAAGCCUAACUGGAGGGAUUUGGAUUUGGCUUUGUACGAAAUGUACCUUUUCGGCGAAUUGGCCGUCAAGAACGGUGGUCUCUACCAGAAGAGCUCACCCUCUAGCACUGCGUCUCAGCAUCUUAUUGAAAUGAUGGCCAAGCUAGUCGAGUCUGACAUUGCUUCGUACCCUCACCCUGCGGUCCAGCUUCAGUACAUGGAGAUCUGCGUGAGAUACUGCACAUUCUUCGAGCACACUACCGACAGCAUUCCCCGUGUUCUCGAGAACUUUGUCCGUUUCGUUCACAGCGAUCACAUCAAGAUCAAGACUCGCUCGUGGUAUCUCUUCUUCCGCUUUGUCAAGCAACUACGCAGCCAACUUGGUAACGUUGCUCAGACCGUCAUCGAGACCGUCGCCGAUCUACUCACCAUUCACGCCGAAGUACCCAAGGAUAGCGACGAUGAUGACAUGUCGUCUGAAGAAAACGACCAGUCCGCAGACGCCAUCUUCACCAGCCAGCUCUAUCUCUUCGAGGCUGUUGGAGCUAUUGCCUCUACGAACUCGGUCCCACUAGAGAAUCGCAUGCUCUACGCCCGUACUCUCGUCAGCCCCUUGAUCGCAGACCUGGAACGUCACAUUCCAGUUGCCAAGAACGGUGACGAGCGAGCAAUCAUUCAGGUUCAUCAUAUCAUUCAGGCAGUGGGAACUCUGGCAAAAGGCUUCUGCGAUUGGAUGCCCGGCAGCAACACCUCGGGCGCACCUCCACCCACUGAGCUAGCCAACGAGUUCUCCCCAGCCGGCGAAGCUGUUCUGACGGCGCUCGAGUCUCUCAAGAACUCCAUGCUCAUUCGUACUGGUGCACGCUUCGCUUUCUCACGCAUGUUGGGUGUGCUCGGCUCCGGUAUUCUGCAAAAACUGCCCAGAUGGAUCGACGGCUUGCUCUCGCAGUCUUCCACUAAGGAUGAGAUGGCUACGUUCUUGAGACUUCUAGACCAAGUGGUCUUCGGUUUCAAGACUGAAAUUAUCGAGAUCCUCGACCAACUGCUUACUCCUCUGCUGCAAAGAGUCCUUGCAGGUCUCUCAGAGCCUACCACUGGCACUGACGAUGCUAUCCAGCUUGGCGAAUUGAAGAUGCAGUACCUGCAAUUCAUCCUCGUCAUCUUGAACAACGAUCUAGCGCCUGUCCUCGUCAGCAGUGCCAAUCAACAGACUUUCGAGACUAUUCUGACGACACUGGAGCAUUUCUGCCGCGACCCCUCUGACUACCCCACCGCUCGUCUCUCUCUUGCCGUCUUGACCAAGAUGACACAGGUAUGGGGCGGCCCUGAUCUCACCAUCCCUGUCCCGGCAGGUGCUGCUCAACCUGCUGCACCAACGGUUCCAGGAUUCGAUACUUUCAUCAUGUCACGCUUCUCUCCCCUGACAUGGGCUCUGAUUUCACAACCCUCCUUCCAACCAAAGGAUGCCCAAGCACGCAGCUACCUCACAGAAGCCGCCACCUUGCAAUGGACUAUCCUCCGCAAGUGUGGAGCAGCCUACGAGACCCACCUGCGUGAGACGGAAAUGUCUGGGCUGGGUCUGCAAACUCCCAUCAUUGACGAAUAUAUCAAGCAUCUCGAAGCCAAGGAUAAGCUUGAUUUCAAAAAGUUUUUCAUUCAGUUCGUGCAGCAAGUCAGAUCAUGA